AUGAACAAAAAUAAUUGUCGUUUAUGUCUCGAAAACCCUGGUGUUGUUUCAAUUUAUAGUAGUAACGAAAAUCAAAUUAACACAAAAAUAUCGUAUUGUUGCGUGAAUAUUAGUAUUGAAGAAAACGAUGGUCUACCAUCACACAUUUGUAACUUUUGUGAAUGUCAACUUACAACUUGUUAUGAUUUUUUAAUUAAGUGUGAAGAAACGGACAAAAAAUUGCGUUUAAUUAAAUUUAAUAACUCUGACGAAGAUUGCAAUACAAAAAUUGAAAUAAAAACAGAAAUAGACGAAAACUCCGUUUCAGAUGAUGCUAAUGAGAACUCAUAUGAAUCACCUAAUGAAAUUAAGCAAGAAAUCGAUUGGAAAGAUGUAUUAAAGAAAAAAUAUCGAAGUUAUAAGAAAAGAAAAAGUAAAAUUUCAAGCAUAUCCAAAUGUACUAUAUGUGGUAGAAAAUGUGCAAAUCCUUCUACCCUUGCUAUACAUAUGAGAUCUCAUACAAAUGAAAGGCCAUAUUCUUGUCAAUCCUGUGAUAAAAGCUAUAAAGAUAGUGGGAGCCUCAAACGACACGCACAGAGAAAUCAUUUCAGAGAUAAACGGGAGAGAAAGUUUAUUUGUGAGAAUUGUGGAAAAGGCUUUUUUUCAAAAAGCGAAGUUAAAAUACACAUGCGUAUACAUACUGGAGAAACACCAUAUGCUUGUUCAGCUUGUCCUGCCAGGUUUACUCAAAUAAGUACCUUGCAAAGACAUACGCUUAGACACACCGGUGAACGAACUCAUAUAUGCCUAACAUGUCACAAAAAAUUUUGUACCAAAGAUGAAUUACGAUCACAUUUCACAGUGCAUUCAACUGUAAAAAAGUUUAUAUGUCCAAUAUGUAAGGCACUUUUUAAAUAUAAGAAUAAUUUAAGAAAACAUGUUAGAAGCCAUUCAGAAGGUGAUAAGUUCAUUUGCAAUCACUGUGGACGCAAUUUUAGUAUGAAAGGUAAUUUAAAGAUGCAUAUAGAGAGAUUGCAUUCAUCAAAAUCAGGAUAUUGCAAUAUAUGUUUAAAGAAUGUGUCAAAUAUUGAGGCUCAUAUGUGGAAACAUACUGGUGAGAGGCCCCUAAAAUGUGAAUAUUGUGCAAAUAGUUUUGCUGAACAAAAUGCUUUGGCUCGGCAUAUUAAUUUUAAACAUAAAAAAACAGAUAGAUAUAAAUGUACAGUGGAUGGUUGUUCUGUUAAGUUUCCUUCAAGGCCAAUGUUAGAUUUUCAUGUGGCAAAACUACAUGGAACAGUAAAACCAUUUCAAUGCGAUAAAUGUUCCAGAGGCUUCUAUAGGAAAAGUGAUUUAGCUAGACAUAAGAUAGGUACACAUAAAGAGAAACUCCUAUUGGAUUCAUUGUCACUUGUGGAAUAUAAAAGCAAA